AUGAUGGACAACGACACCAAAGAAACUCUCAAGAAAAUUCCACUGCUGAAAGAGAAAGCUGGUCCAAGAGAAACGGAAGACUGGGAAAAACGAUUGAAAGAAGAAUAUGGAGCCCUUAUUCAAUACGUGAAAAUGACCAAGGAAAAUGACAGUGCAUGGUUCUCAAUUCAGAGUAACAAGAGCGGAACAAAAUGGUUCGGAAAGUGUUGGUUUAUUCACGAUUUGCUGAAAUAUGAAUUUAAAGUUGAGUUUGAAAUACCUGUAACAUAUCCAACAACACCACCUGAAUUCAAAAUUCCUGAACUCAUUGGAAAGACAGCUAAAAUGUAUCAUGACGGACGAAUUUGUCAAACGCUUCACUUCCAUCCGUUGUGGGCUCGUAACGUUCCUCAUUUUGGUAUUGCUCAUGCACUAGCUUUGGGUUUAGGCCCAUGGUUGGCAAGUGAGGUUCCUGAUCUUGUUUCUAAAAAUUUAAUUCAACCAAAGGAUACAUCCGUUGAAGAGGAGAAAUAA